AUGAGUGACGCCAUGGAUGCCUUCCAUGCCGUCAUGUUUGCGUGUAUUGCAAACAAGGAGUUCCAAGGAAUCUCUGCCGAGGAGUCUGCUGACAAAUUCGUCACUCUUCUCGAGCAGAAUGGCAUCAAAUGUAUCGCGUCAGACUUCGACGCCACCAUGAUCUCCAACCACUCCGGUGGCUACUGUGACCCUAACGUCGACGUGGACGUGCUCUCCUCAGUCACUGAGCACUUCAAAGCGAUGGGAAGGCGCCUCAAGCGCAGUCACAUUAAGCUAGUGAUCGUCACCUUCUCCGACGACACGCACGUGAAGGACCACCCCGUGUACAUUAGCGGCGCGCGCAUGGUGAACAAGGCGCUGGAGUAUAGCGAUUGCGAUGCGCGCAUCGAGAAGGUUUACGACUUUUACCCUAGGUACUGGGAAGACCCGUCGCGCUACAAGCUGCUCGGCCUCAACGCCCCCAUGCCCAGGUGCAAGGAGUACCAUCUCAACCGGAUUUGCGAGGACUUCGGCUUCAAGAUGAACGAGAUCAUCCUGAUUGACGACGACAUCCAAAACUGCAAAAACGCGAAGGAAAUCGGCGCGUCCGCACUUCACGUGACGCACGAAGGCUUCAAUCUCGCAGAAGUAGAAUUAGUUUGA